UGGAACGACCGAAUAAAAGUGCAUUGGAAUUUGGAAUGCAUUGGCAUUGGAAUGUAUAUACACAACACACACUAAUGCAAAAACUUCAUAUGAUCUAAACUAGUAUUUGCAUAAGUGUGUAUUUUUAUAAGUUAUUCUUUUCUAUUUUAUUAUUUUUUUUAUUUUUACAACGUACAAAAGUUUAUUCCCAUGUUAACAAAAGUAUUUUAAAAAAUAUCUCAUGAAAUUAUAAAUAAUUAUAAGCAGUUAUUUUUAACCUAAUAAAAUUGUGGUCUACAAGUGAACAAAUAAUUUCUGUAUUUAUAUGUGAAAAUCUAGAGAGAAAGGAUUUAUUUUUGAAUACCUAAAUCAGCUGCCAGAAGCAUCUGUCUAGAGCAUAAAAGCUAACAUAUUUUUAAAGACUAUUUUUGACUUGUUUAUUUUUUUGUGAUGGUUGUUGCACAACUAUUUUGUAAGUUUGAGUAAUAAAUAUUAAUAAUUAUAAAAUGUCAGAUAAAGUGAAUAAUAUUGAAAACAAUGAUGCCCAAGGCAUCAUUAUCAACGAAUUUCUUGAUGAUAUAAUUGAUCUUUCGCAUGUUAAUUUUGAUGACAAUGAAAGAUGGUUGCUGUCAGUGAGUGACAGAACAUCAUCAUCAAGUGUCGAAGAUCUUCAAGCUUGGUUAAAAAAAGAUUUAUCAAUAAGUUCACUUGAUAAUUUGUCAAAUGAUACAACUAAAACAAUUGACACAAGAACUUUUACGAGACCAAAAAAAAAUGGAAGAAUGAGUUUGGAAUCAAUAAUAGAAAUAACAUCACCAACAAGUAAUAAUGUUUGGAAAUUGAAUUAUCAACAAGAAUCAUCGAUAAAAAUAAAUAAUGAAAAUGAUGAUAAAAAUCUAAAAGACAAAGAAUAUAUACCAGCAAUGUUGAGACCAUCAGUGUCAGGCACGUUAUUAACAUCAUUGUCAUCAUCAAAUGGUCAAGAAAGUCUUGAUGCAUUUUUAAAUAUGUCACAAUCAAAUGGUAUUGAUUCUUUCAUUAAUUUAACACCUGAUUUUAACGAUGCAACAAUUAUGAACACAUCAAGACCAUUUUUUUUAGAUACGUCAACAACAGAUAUUGAUAAGAUUGAUGAAAAUGAAAUUAACAAUAAUAAACUCAUUAACAAUGGAUUGAAAUAUUCACAAUGUAACGAUGACAUUGGUGAUUGUUCAGCAAUGGCUGAUUCACAAAUUUUGACUGAAUCAAUGAUGCAAACAAGUAUGUUUAGUGAUGUUUCUGAUGUUUAUGGAAGUAACCCAUUUUCAAAAGAUUGUUUGGAUAAUUCAAAUGGUGAAAUUGACAAUAGUUUUCACAGUAAAACUCUUACUAAUACAAAUAGUACUUUCACGUCUGAAUCGUUAAAUGUAUUGUGUAAAAAAAAUAAUGAUACUUUCACUGAAUCAUUGAAUGUUUUUAAUGGUAAAAAUUUUGAGACCUUGAAUUCAUUUUCAAAAAAAAAUAAUGCUACAUUUACUGAAUCGGUUGAUGUUUUAUCAACAAAAUAUAACAAAACUGGUGAUACAUUUUUAUCAAAUAAUAUGUCAAUAGAAAAUGAUGAAACAUUUAUUGAAUCACAUGAUACUUUUACAACAAAACAAAAUGAUACAGUUAAUUUAUUAACGUCCAAAAAUAAUGAGACAUUUACUGAAUCAAUAAAAAGUUUGUCAAAAAAAAAUAAUGAAACAUUUACGUCAAGUGAAUUAAAAAGUGCAUUAUCAACACCAUCUGUUAAUAAUAGAAAAUCAUUAAAUGCUAAUACUACAUAUGAUGCUGAUUUGCCCAAUCAUUUGAGCUACAUUGUAACAACAGAUUCAGACUCAUAUUAUUUAGAAGAAAAUCAAGACAUAACUGACAGUAUUCAUUUAAAAUUAUCUCCAAACUCAACUUUCGACUGUCCUAAAAAUCAAGAUGAUGAUGGUGAUGAAAAUGAUGACGAUGGUGAUGAUAAAAAUACGACAUUUAGAUUAACACAUGAUAUUAAAAUACCAUUUUCAAAUCUAAAAAACGAAACAAAUGAAAAUAAUCAUCACUCAUCAAAUGAAAAUAUUAAAACAAACACUCAAACUGAAAAUAAUUCAUCAAAAAAUAAAAUGUUAAAUACGACAUUUGAAAGUCCAUUAGCACAACGUAAUCAUGAACCAAAAUCAUUAAAUACAACAUUUGCUACAUCAGCACCAAAUGAUUGUGAUGUAUCAAAUAAAAAAAAUCUAGAUGAAACAUAUGACAAGAAUUUUAAAGAACCAAUAUCACUGCCUGCAAAUCGUUAUCAAACAUAUCGAAAAAAUCCACUUGGUAAAAUACAAUCAACUGGCACAAUUUUAAAAAAACCACAAUUAUCAUAUUACAAAGAUAAUCAAGGACGUUCACUUGACAAUAUAACUGCAGAAAUAAAAAAAACAACCUCAACAACUACUCAAUUAUCAAAAUUAAAUGGACCAAAAACAUUAACAAAAUUACCACAAACAUUACAAAAAUCAAAUCCAAAUUUAUUGUCAAAUCAACGUAUCUCAGAAUUACCAAAAAUAUCAAAUUUUGGAUUUAAUCAUGGUAAAAAAUUAAAUGAUAAAAAAUCAUCAUUAUUUACAAGUAAAUUACGACCAAUGAUGAAAAUAAAAUGUGGAUCUGAUGCAAGAUUAGAAAAAACUGGUACAUUAGCAUGUGGUUCAACUGAAAGUAUUGCUAGUACACACAGUGCUCCUGAUCUUGAUGAUAGACUUAGUGAAUGUUCAGAUAGUAGUCAUACAUCUGGUGACUAUUGUCAACCAAGAACAAUGACAAUAAAUAAUAUUAAAUGUGGUAACGCUCAAAGAAAUAUUGUACAAAUUGUUUCAACACCAAAACCAGAUAAAAAUAUCAUGGAAAAUAAUUGGAUGGUAUCACAUAAUGAUCUUCCUUCACCAAUAUUAAAAAAUGAUGAAGGUCUUGGUAGUCGUGGAAGUUCACCAGCAAGUGGUGAAUCUACUGUCAAAACAAGCUCACCAUUAUUAAGUCCAGCUGAAUCGUUACAGUCAUUUCCUAUUAAUUCAGGAAAUCCUGUAAGUGAUGAUAAAAACAUUCAUCGACCACCCAAAAGUUCAGAAAAAAAAUCAGUGAUAUUAGCAAAACCAGUCAAAAAAUUUGAUACUCAAAGUGGUAUACGUCCACCAUCCGGUAUUCGACCACCUAGUGUGUCAAGUGGAAUACCUCGACCAGCAUCACGAAUACCAGCUCCAAGGUUUUCACGUCCAAUUACAAGUACUCUUAAAAAAUCAAAUUUUUGAUAGAUUUCAAAUAUAUAUUAUUACAAUCAAGACUAUUUUUAUUAAAAAGGCCAAAAUUAUAUACCAGACUGCUGUGAGUCAUUUUUUAAGAAAAAAAUCGAGUCAUUUUGUUAUCUCAAAAAAAAAAAAAAAAAAAAAUACAAGGAACUUGAAAAGUUAAUAAUAAACUAUAUUAUUUUUAUCAAAUAUUAAUAAACGAGCUUCCGUAAAAUUGUUAAAUAUUAAACAUCAGGAAUUGACAAAGUUUUUUUAAACGUGACCUUCGAGAUUAAGAUUUUGCUUAUCAUCCGUCCUAGUUUUCACAAACAUAUCAAUAAAAAUAAAUAAUAAUAAUAAUAUUAGUGAGCAACGUAUUUACUGUUGCGUGGGUGUAACAUACCAAAUUAAGUAAUAUCAAUCUGGUCGCUUGUGUUUAUAUCAAGUUUCGAUACCGUGAUGUGAAAAAUAAAAAAAUGAAUAACAUAAAAUAGUGGGUGUCACGAGGUCAUAUUAAAAAUAACUUAGGAAUUAAAUAAACUGUAAACUCCAAAAAAAGAACAAUAAUAUAAACGAAAAACG